AUGAGCAGCAUUGAUCUUGCCGUCUUGUACUUCGGCCUCUUCCUGGGUAUUUUCCCAUUCACUCUGGUCAAGGUCGCCGAUCAGACACGUAAAAUUCUCGUGCGAUCUCGAGGUCUAUACAAUGCCUACUUGUACAUGAUCUGGAUUGAGGCGCUAGUCAAUUUGAUCUUUGCUCUGAUCACCUUUCUCUACUUGAAAGGCAUCAUUCCCGGCUCCUAUACUUUUUAUGCUGGCACUGUCUUACUAUGGGCCAUUCAGACACAGCUUCUCUCGCAAAUCAUUGCGAACCGUGUUGCCCUCAUCAUGGUCCACAAACACAAGGCAAGGUGGCUCAAAUUAGGUCUCCUCGUAUCAGUUGCCUGCAUCAACAUUGCCGUGGCGGUAAUUUGGAUCAGAGCACACGCCUUUACCGCUACUCCGUUUGACGUCAAGCUCAAUGAUCGGUUUGAGAAGGCCGAGAAGGCAUUCUUUCUCGUCAUAGACCUGGGGCUCAAUCUGCUUUUCUUAUAUCUGGUUCGCUUCCGCUUGAUUGCUUCGGGGCUCAGCAAAUAUUGGAGGUUAUUCAAGUUCAAUAUUGGCAUGGUCACUUUGUCCACCUCCAUGGACAUGCUUCUUCUCGGGUUCCUGAGUCUACCUGAUCCAUAUCUCUACGUACAAUUCUCCCCAGUGGCCUACAUCGUCAAGCUAUACAUCGAGCUCACCAUGGCCACGCUCAUAGCGAAGAUUGUCCGCAGCAGCACAAACGACAGGGUGGUCGGGUUCAAUAACCAGUCAUCGGGAGCUUACCGCAAGAGUCAUGGGCACUACACAACGUUCCCAGGCCCGGGAUCGAACAGCGGCACCUUGGCAGAAGGAGACGAUCGAAACUUUGGGCACGAAGUCGAAAUCAACAAAGGCAGUUCCGGGUCAGAUAUUCAUCUGUCACCGUACUCCGGUGAUGAUGGAAUUCUCAAGACUGUUACAACAGUGGUGGUGACAGAGCACGAUAAGGAGCAAGGCAGCACGACCUCAGGUCCUAGUGAUCGGGAGCACCCCCGCGACAUGUGCUAG